AUGCGAAGCUUCCUCACUACCUCCGCGCUCCUAUCCGGAGCCGCGGCUUUGACCGUCCGCUGUAACAACGCCUCCAGCAAUGGCUACGACUAUAUCAUCGUCGGAGGUGGCACCAGCGGUCUGGCUGUUGCCAACCGUCUGACGGAGAACCCUGCCGUGUCUGUCCUGAUCAUCGAGGCCGGCGGCUCCGUUUUCGAUAACGCCAACGUGACCAACCCCGGCGGAUACGGUCUUGCCUUUGGCACCGACAUCGACUUCGCCUAUCAGACGACCAAACAGACAUACGGCGGCGGAUCGAUCCAGACCAUGCGCGCUGCCAAGGCCUUGGGAGGAACUAGCACUAUCAAUGGAAUGGCCUAUACUCGUGCCGAAUCUUCUCAGAUCGACGCUUGGGAGAAACUCGGAAACAAGGGCUGGAACUGGGAUGCUCUCUUCCCCUACUAUCUCAAGACCGAGCACUUUCAGACUCCGGAGCCCGUGCGCCAGGCUGCCGGCCAUCUUGAGUACCAGGCCGACGUCCACGGCGAAGAGGGUCCCCUUCUGACCGGCUGGACCUUUGGCCAGACCAACGGAACCAUUCCCACUGUUCUGAACUCAACCUUCCAGAAUCUUGGCCUUGACUGGAACGAGGACGUCAACGGUGGAAGCAUGGUUGGCUUCUCCGUCUUCCCCCGCACUGUCGAUCAGGCGAACUCCGUCCGCGAGGAUGCCGCUCGCGCCUUCUACUACCCCUACCAGAACCGCACCAACCUCAAGGUCCUCUUGAACACCAGCGCUCAGAAGCUCACCUGGAAGAAGGCCGCCCUCCCCACCGCUGAUGGCGUCAAGAUCAUUUCUGCCGAUGGCUCCAGCAGCGUCGUCAAGGCCAAGAAGGAGGUCAUCCUCUCUGCCGGCGCUCUCGUCUCCCCUCUCCUCCUGGAACUUUCCGGUGUCGGUCGCGCCACCGUCCUCAAGCAGCACGGCAUCAAGACCGUCGUCGAUCUCCCUACCGUCGGAGAGAACCUCCAGGACCAGAUGAACAACGGUCUCUCCUUUGACCAGAAGAACUACACCUUGGACGGCACCCUCACCACCGUUGCCUACCCCUCCGUCGCCCAUGUCUUUGACAACGCCGACGAGGUCGCUUCCCAGAUCAAGGAGGCCCUCCCCGCCUACGCCGCCAAGGUCGCCUCCGUCAACGGCAACGUCACCCGCGCCGCGGACCUCUUGGAGUUCUUCCAGCUGCAGUGGAGCCUCAUCUUCGAGUCCAAGAUCCCCAUCGCCGAGGUCCUUGUCAACGCCGCCUCGGGAUCCUGGAGCAGCGAGUACUGGGGCCUUCUCCCCUUCGCCCGCGGUAGCGUCCACAUUGGUGACAAGUCCGUCUCCCACGCCAUCAUCAACCCCAACUACUUCUUGCUGGACUGGGACUUGCUCGGGCAGGUCGAGAUCGCAAAGUACAUCCGCAAGCUGUACAGCACCGCGCCCUUCUCUACCUAUGCAGGAACCGAGACCCGUCCCGGCGCGGACGUCGUCGCUGCCGACGCUGAUGUUGAGGGCUGGGAGAGCUACAUCAAGGGCAACUACCGAUCCAACUUCCACCCCGUCGGCACGGCUGCCAUGAUGCCUCGCGAGAAGGGAGGUGUUGUCGACGCCAACCUCAAGGUCUACGGCACCGCCAACGUCCGCGUUGUUGACGCCUCCGUCUUGCCUUUCCAGGUGUGCGGUCACCUUGUCAGCACCCUGUACGCUGUUGCUCUGAGAGCUGCCGACCUCAUUGCCGAGAGCUCGUAG